AUGUCGGAUAAUUUAACCAUAGAAAAACUUCCUGUGGAAGUUUUGCAACAAAUAUUUAUAUUUUCUAGUAAUCAUAACUUUCCUCUUGUGUCGCGUACCUUUUAUCAAAUCGCAACAGCACACUCAAGCGUGAAAACGCACUGGCUACUACACAAAGUCCACUACGAUUUUAAGCAUGUGUUAGAUCGUGGUCUCAAAUGGAAGUUCUUCAACAAAGAUAUACUGCUGCAAUUGGAUAACCUUUAUUAUCAAUCACAAGUUAAUUCCGAAUCGAUGAAACCCACCACAUUCAUUCCUUUUGAUGAGGGCUCCAUCCCACCACGAUUGCUUACUAUGCCUGAUCCGGACGGAAAGGCAUAUGAAAUGGUAAAAAUUUUAUUGGAUCGAGGUGCGUCCCCAGAUGAGCCUCAAGGUUAUCCACUACUGAAAUCUGUAUCGCUUGGACGGUUAGCUAUGGCCAGACUUUUGAUAUCGUACAAAGCGAACGUCAGUAUCGGUGAUAAUUCGGCGAUGUUGAUUAGCGUUGAUAAAAAUAAUUUUGAUAUGGUGAAAUUAUUAAUGGAACAUGGUGUGAAACCAGAUGCAAAAUCAUUGGAAAAGAGUAUUAAAAAGCAUUUGUCUGAAAUGACUCAAUUCCUAUUAGAUCAUGGAGCAAUUCCGGACGGAAACGUUAUUGCUGCAAUUCAUAAUGACACUCAUUGA